GGCGAGUGCGUCGCAUUGUCUCGUACUGAGUGCGCGUUGAAACGGACAAAGUCACAGUCGAGUUGUUUUUACGAACGUUGUGUCCUGAAUUGCUUUGUUAGAACAAAAACUUUAUUUUUUUAUAAUUAAAAUGUAAUGUUUCAUUGAUAUUUAUGGUGUAAAUAGUAGCUUUCAGCCCUAAUAGUGUUUGGUUCUUAAUCAUGUCACAAAACACAAAAAGAAGUGCUAAAAUGUUUAAGGGUGAUGGUUCAUGUGUCUGGUGCUUGUAUCUUGUGUAUUUCCUGAUAUUACUGGACUUGGCGACGCGCUGCACGGAAGCUUAUGGAAAUCCAUCUUCGGACUUCAGUAAACAUAGUAUAGUUAGGCCGAAAUUUCACCACACUAGGACGAAAAGAGAAAUUACGACGACACAAGAUGAGAUGGGUUCACACCAUCCAGAGGUGACGCUGACAGUGAGCAUAGACGGCGAAGAGCACGAGCUAGAUCUGCGACUGAACGAGGCGCUGGUGCCUCAAGGACAUUCUCUGAGCUACCAGCAGAAUGGCCGGACCAAAGUGCACGUGCCAGAGAAAGAGGACUUAGAUAUAUGCCAGUACUCUGGACGUGUGCGAGGCAAGCCGGGCUCAUGGGCCGCAGUCUCAACCUGCCAUGGGGUUAAAGGUGUCCUCUACGAUGGACGGCAGCUGCGGUACAUCGAACCAGCACACGACAACGACAUAAACGCUGACCAUUUCCUGUACUCCCACGAACACCUAGCUAAAGAGCACCGAUGUGGCUACGAAGGUGGCACCACACAUAACUCAAGUUACGAUCCCAUGUUGUUCCAACAGAGGACAGAAGAAUUAGCAAGAAAGAGGUCCCGAGUCAGUCGGUACAAACGCGAUACCUACGAGGACACGCUAGUCCGAGAGCCUUAUAACGCGGACCGUCGCUCACGCUACGUGGAACUCGUGCUUGUCGUGGAUCACGGCGAGUUCCUCGCCAGCGGCGGCGACCUGCAGCUGGUCCAUCGGCAGAUGAAGGACCUGGCCAACAUCAUCAACUCGGUAUAUGCUCCGUUAAACAUCUUCAUAGCGCUCGUAGGCGUUGAGAUAUGGUCAGAAAACGACGAAAUCGUGUUAGAAGAGGACGGAGACGCCACACUCAACAAGUUCCUACACUAUCGGAAGACUGUACUAGUCACUAGGAUACCUAACGACAACGCUCAACUGCUUACGGGAACUCGGUUCAUCAAAAAAGAAGAAUUUCACUACGACUACACGAAGCCCCAUUUCCGCCAGAACUUCAAAGCGGGCGUGGUCGGUAAAGCCCUCAAGGGCUUCAUGUGUUCGUACAACUACUCGGCCGGAGUCGCCACCAACCACUCGCGGGUCAUCGGGCUGGUGGCCAUGACCAUUGCCCACGAGAUGGGACACAACUUCGGCAUGGAGCACGACCAGGAACCGGAUUGCGAGUGUCCUGACAAGAAAUGCAUAAUGAGUCCUUCGAGUACGUCGGUGACGCCGGUGCACUGGUCUUCUUGCAGUCUCAAGUCUCUGGCCUUGUCUUUUGAGAGAGGCAUGGACUACUGUCUGAGAAACAAACCUAAGCAGCUAGCCGAAUCCCCGACCUGCGGCAACGGGUUCCUGGAGGAAGGCGAGCAGUGCGACUGCGGCACCGCGCCCGGCGCUGCCCGGCCGGCCGCCGCCGACCGCUCCGCGUGCUCGGCGUGCUGCCGGCCCGACUGCACCCUGCGGCCCAACGCCACGUGUGGCCACGGCCAGUGCUGUGAUCUCACGACAUGUCGUCCCAAAGCACCAGGCACAGAAUGCCGCGCCGCCGACCGCGAGUGUGACCUGCCCGAGUACUGCAGCGGACAUUCGCAAUUCUGUCCCCAUGAUGUUCACAAAAUGGAUGCCACGCCAUGCGGGAAAGGCCAGGCUUACUGCGUGCGUGGUUCAUGCCGAUCCCACACAGACCAAUGUAGGCUACUGUGGGGCGUCACGGGCGCUUCCUCCGACGACAAGUGUUACAACAACUCCAACAUAAAGGGCGACGACCACGGUAACUGCGGCUACGACCGCGUCAACCAGAUCUACCGCCGCUGCGCACCGCAAGACGUAAUGUGCGGCAUGCUGCAGUGUCGGCAUCUCAACGAACGGCUCGAGUUCGGCAUGGAGAACGCGGCCGUGCUGACGGCUACCUUCAUAAACAACAACGGUGAGUUGUAUACAACGUCCUCAACAGACGUAAUGUGCGGCAUGCUGCAGUGUCGGCAUCUCAACGAACGGCUCGAGUUCGGCAUGGAGAACGCGGCCGUGCUGACGGCUACCUUCAUAAACAACAACGGUGAGUUGUAUACAACGUCCUCAACAGACGUAAUGUGCGGCAUGCUGCAGUGUCGGCAUCUCAACGAACGGCUCGAGUUCGGCAUGGAGAACGCGGCCGUGCUGACGGCUACCUUCAUAAACAACAACGGUGAGUUGUAUACAACGUCCUCAACAGACGUAAUGUGCGGCAUGCUGCAGUGUCGGCAUCUCAACGAACGGCUCGAGUUCGGCAUGGAGAACGCGGCCGUGCUGACGGCUACCUUCAUAAACAACAACGGUGAGUUGUAUACAACGUCCUCAACAGACGUAAUGUGCGGCAUGCUGCAGUGUCGGCAUCUCAACGAACGGCUCGAGUUCGGCAUGGAGAACGCGGCCGUGCUGACGGCUACCUUCAUAAACAACAACGGUGAGUUGUAUACAACGUCCUCAACAGACGUAAUGUGCGGCAUGCUGCAGUGUCGGCAUCUCAACGAACGGCUCGAGUUCGGCAUGGAGAACGCGGCCGUGCUGACGGCUACCUUCAUAAACAACAACGGUGAGUUGUAUACAACGUCCUCAACAGACGUAAUGUGCGGCAUGCUGCAGUGUCGGCAUCUCAACGAACGGCUCGAGUUCGGCAUGGAGAACGCGGCCGUGCUGACGGCUACCUUCAUAAACAACAACGGUGAGUUGUAUACAACGUCCUCAACAGACGUAAUGUGCGGCAUGCUGCAGUGUCGGCAUCUCAACGAACGGCUCGAGUUCGGCAUGGAGAACGCGGCCGUGCUGACGGCUACCUUCAUAAACAACAACGGUGUAAUCAUCCCGUGCCGCACGGUGAUCAUCGAUCUUGGCCUCAGCGACGUGGACCCCGGCCUCGUGCCCGACGGCGCCAAGUGUGGACCCGAUAAGAUGUGCAUGCAGCAGAGGUGCGUGUCGGUGCAGGCGGUGCGCGCGGCGCUGGGCGCGCGCGGCUCCGUGUGCCCCUCCAACUGCUCCGGCCACGGCCUCUGCAACUCCAACGGGAACUGCCACUGCGAGGCCGGCUUCGCGCCGCCGCUGUGCGCGCUCCCCGGCCCGGGUGGUUCGUACGACUCUGGCCCUGCUACUGAUCCUACUGUCCAAAGAAACUUCAUGGUGGUGAUGUACGUGAUCUUCCUCGGCAUCAUCCCGGGGAUCCUCCUGGUCCUGUUCCUCGUGUAUUACUCCCGCCACAACGUCCUGCUCUGGUGGAAGAAGCCGCGCAAAUCGGUCCAGUCCCCGAAGAGCAGCCUGCAGCACCGCAUCUCGCUGGGCGCGCACAAGCUGGCGGCCAACUUCGCGCCGCCGCCGCCCGCCGCGCGCCCGGACGACAUGAGCUCCAGCCUGCUCGCCGGCACCAGCCCGCCGCCCCUCAACCCCACCGUCAACUUCUUCGGCAACUUUAAGGGCUUCUCCCUCGCCCCUAUCGAAAAAGAAGAGGAAAAAGAACAACCUAAGGAACCCGUUAAAAGCGCGAAAAUCACACCUGUACAUAGAAGUGGUAGCAACAGUAACAAUUUAGUCAACCAGGGCGUUUUGAAACCUGUCCUCCGCAGCGCGCCGCCUUUACCGGUCGUCCCGAACAGUCCGAAGACCAGUCCGUCUAUUAAAAGAACUAACAGCUCCGUUCAGAGGAUCAAAGCGCUUAUGAAUGCGGAGAAAGAGGAUAGCACCCCCGUCAUGGCGACCCCGCCGCCGCGGCCGGUCAUAUCCAGUCCUAUACUCGAAGCUUCCACUUGUACGGCGAAGGAGUUGAUAUCCCCGCUCGGCUCGAAGACCCUAGGUCCCGUUCGAGCGGCCCCGAAUGUUCCAAUUGUAUCACCGGAAUUACCAAAAAGACCUUUAAGCAUGCACGCGAGUACAGUCCCUCAGAAGCCCCUGCCCGAAGAACCUAAGAAGGUUAAAGAAGGUAUAUCUUUAAACAGGAUAGCCUCCUUCUUAAAACAGGACAAGCCUAAGGAGAAGGAGCGCAGUCCAGUUGAAAGAAGCCACUCGCUCCCAAAAAAUCCUAUCCAUCAGAUAAAAGUACCCAAAGCUGUUGAUAAAGUUGCGCUAAGGAAUCUACAGAUAUCGAAUCCUAUAUUACAAAAAGGAAUAGAACUCCCAGUAGCUACAGUGCCGGUCGUUUCAGACUCGGAAGACGCCGAAGAUCCUAAAGCGUUCGUGAACAGGACUCAAAGUAUGAGAGCGGCUCCCGUCGUUCCCAAAACGCCUUUACAAACCUUCGGCUCUAUGAGGCAACCCUCAGGUGCCCCGCGACCUAUUUCAGGAGUAGGUAGGCCUACUGCACCGCCCCCUCCAGCUCCUAUAGAAGAAACUCCAGUCUACCAGAACCCUAAACCGAUAGAUCUUAAACAAACAGACUAUGUGGAUUGUAUUGAAGAAAAGCAAGCACCCCUCGCUCAUAUCGAUGAAGAAUCAGGCGAUAAUAUUUACGCUAUCAUUGAAGAAAGCCCUGAGAAACAUUCAAAACCUCUCCCUGGAGUGCCCCCGCCUAUAAAAACAAUACCCCAAGCACCACCAGUGGGAUAUAAUACUCCCAAACCCAUCCCUUCCAAUUCUGGUAGUACAGAAAGCAUGGGUCUCCUAGGAGAGAUCGUUGACGAAAUUCAAAACAGAAAUUUUGAUUCUAUAUAUUCCGCGUCGACUUUAAGAAAAAAGAAAGGGAGGGCGAAGGAAAAUGAAGGUGACAGAGAUAGCACGUACAUGAACACAGCGCCGGAAAGCGUGUACAGUAAUUCUGGUGGAAAAAGCGUAGCUUCUACGACUAGCAGUGGAUACUUACAUCCAUCAGCAGUUAAUGUACCUACGUAUAUGAACAAAGAUAAAGUAGAAAAUAAGCAGGAGGAGAAAGCCCCGGCAUCUCCAAAAGCGAACUCAAAAAUACCACAAUUCUCAAGACAAGUGACUCCCCCUAAUUUAAAGACUUUUAAAACAGUCCCACAGUCGCCUAAAACUACAAAUAAAAUAAAUCCGAAAAUAACGAACAGUCCAGAUGUGGUCUCGAGCUGUGCCGUCGCUGACAAAACGGUAAAAGCACCUGAUGUUAUUAACAACAAUAAAAUAAAUGAUACUCCAAAAGUAGCUGCGAAACCUAGCAUCACAGCUAAACCAAAUGACAACAGGCCGCCUUUACGACCCGCUCCGACCGCCGAUAAAAAGCCAACAAUCAAACCUACACUAAAACCGGUCACUAAUAUAAAUAAACCUCAAAUAAACCGUACAAAUUCCAAAGUAGACUCUAACGUAGCUGCCAUAGCAGACAACAUUAAUAAAAACAAACCCAAAGUGGUCCCAAAGCCUACGGGACUACAAAGAACAGACUCAAAUAUAAAACCUAACGCUAGUAAGCUGACGUCUAAACCGUCAAACGUGGCGAGUUUGCAGCAGAAGUUUGAAAAUAGAAAAUCAAUUGGCAAAGAGCCGGUAGCUAAGAAAUAGGUUUAAGGAAAACUGCUAUCGUUUUGUAUAGCUUCAGCAGUUUUAUUUAAAAG